ACACCAAACAUCAAAUACUGUGACAUAAGAAAAGAUACGGAUACUACAACGUCCCAUGAGACUCCACCAAAAACAUGGGUUCGUUUUGUCAGCCCAAUCUCUAUUGUAGUAGCUAUUGUCAUAAUAGCAGCUAUUGCAGGCUUAUUGGUAACAGUUAUAACUAAAAAGAAUAGAGAAACAAUUGACAAUGAGAUUCACCUGGUGAGCGUUCAGGAUAACCGUGUUCAAGACAGAAAUGUUGGAGCGGCAACAGUAACGCAUUACCAGCCACUGAUGGCAGUGCCAAAGCUUCCAGACAUUCCUCAAGCAGCUGCAAAAGCAACGGCGUCAUCAUGUACAGGAUUGAAUGAUGGCAUCUACGAAGAGCCUGACCUCGGCGAAAGCUCUGUACCCACAGCAGGUAUCGUACAUGCCCACGAGUACCUGGCCUUGGACCAGGAUGUCCCUUCAAUGAGCAGAUCAUUUGACGAGUACCACAAGUACAACUACCCUGAGAUGAUCCGAAGUAAACCAAAGGUUCCAGUUAGGGCGUGCCGGGUAGAUAACGAUGGUUACCUGCUUGCACAAUCUGAUAUACAAGGCUUGCCAAAUCCUGGAUCAAAGGUUUAUUACUCUUCGCGUUUACCAGAGUCGCAAGUCAAGGGGGAGAUUGAGAUUUCACCAACCCCUAAGAGUAACAUUCAUACCUAGCCCAGUCCACCAGAGUCCAACUGGCAACAAAGCUGUUUCGGCUUUCAACUGACCAUGAUGCCCCUAAAGUGUACUAUUCAACGCGUUUACGCCGUUCGGGAAAUCAAAGUUCAGAACUAUCCUCAGCAAAGGAAUGGGAGGAUAAGGAUAAAAUUAAGGUGGAGAAUUGAUAGAUUCAAUAUCACACAUAGCUUUAUGAACUUUUUCCCCAAAGGAUGAUACACUCAAACAUGAUCAAUGUUAUUAUUAGCCUUGUAAUGUCUGCAAAGUAUCAAUAAAACAAAAUAGUAU